AUGAUUGAUACAAUAGAAACUGGAAUACGAACCUCUAAAGAACAAAGUAAUGUAAUAGGGAAUGGAAGUCAAACUAACGCAGAAGAGCCUAGAAUUUCAUCACACAUUAAUGCUAAAGAAAAAAAGAAAUAUCCGAAGAAAGUUAAACCAGGAAGGAAGAGAUUUUUGAAUAAAGAAAAUUGGAAGGCUGAAAUAUGUAAACGAAAGAAAAAUUUGGGCGAGUAA